AUGGUGCUGCUGAGCGCGUCGGUCUGCGGUCUGAGGAAGCUUCUGCGGAUCUGUGAGGAUUACGCAAUGAGUCAUGGUCGGAAAUAUAAUGUGCCGAAAAGCAAAUACAUGGUCUUUGCGGCCGGUUCAAAAUGUCCUGACGGUGUGCCGCCCAUCAGACUAUAUGGUGUGCCUUUGGACCGGGUAGAACAUUUUAAAUACCUUGGGCAUGUUCUAACACCAGACCUCAAAGACUGUGCUGAUAUAGAGCGGGAAAGAAGGGCCCUAUCGAUAAGAGCAAACAUGUUGGCUCGCAGGUUUGCACGUUGUUCACAAAAUGUAAAAAUAACUCUCUUCCGAGCAUUUUGUACCUCAUUAUACAAGUGCAGCUUGUGGGCUAACUACACGCAGAAGUCUAUUAGAGCCCUUCAAGUCCAGUAUAAUAACGCGCUAAGGGCAGUGUUGGGGCUGCCCCGUUACUGCAACGCUUCAGGCAUGUUCGCGUGGGCGCGCACUGACUGCUUCCACGCGACCGUGCGGAAGCGCUGCGCGUCCCUGGUGCGGAAGGUGCGGGCCAGCGCCAACACUGUCCUUGCGAUGAUUGCUAACAAAUAG